AUGGUAAAAACUAAAUAUAGCAAAUCAGUGAAUGAAUUAAAUGUUAAAAGUGGUUAUUUAUUAAAUACACAAGAUAAUGAAGAUAACUGUAAAUUAAACGAGUUUAAACACUUAGAUGAAAGGAAAGAAAGCAAAUUAAAUAAAUCAGACCCAAUUUAUAGAGAAAAAUUAAGUGGAAUUAAAUUAGCCUCUAGUGGGACAUAUGAGUUAAAAGUCAGAUCUAGAGAUAAUAUUAAUAUUGUAAUGAAGGAAUUAUCAACUAAUAUUUCUGAUGAAAAUCAAUUAGAACAAUUGAAAACACCUUUAAUGGAAAUCGAUAAAUCAAUUAGU